UGGAAAACUAUCCAUCAAAGUCUCAAAAAAGCACACGCACACAUAAUAACAGUCAUAGCUCAAAGGCUAUAUAAGAGGUUACAUCCUUCCCCAAACCCAAACACUCUUCUUCUUCAACCCUUAAAACAUAACACACACAGAGAGCUAGAUACCAAAAAAGAACCAAACUUUUCUCAAAAUCUUUUUCUUUCGAAUCAAACCCAUUUCUUGAAACUCGAUUUCAAACAAACCCAUCUCAUUGUUUUCUCCAAAAGACAAAAUCAAAAUCUGAUCAAACCAAGCAUGAAGAGAGUCAGAGGAUUCAAAAUUGGACACAGAUUUGUCAAAAUCUUUAAAUGGAUGAUUCUACCAAGAAAACGUCAAUGCCCGACCCGAAUCACAAACCCGGUUUCUGGAAUCCGGUCAUUAGCACGGUGUUUAAGCCGUGGAGCUAAGAGAUUGUGCGGUGGUGGUAAGAAGAAUCCGGGUCAGAAUCAGAUCCGAUUGGGUAAGGAUCCGAAAACGUCGAACCGGGUUGCUCCGAGAGGACAUUUGGUGGUUCAUGUCGGCGAAUCAGACGGUGACACGCGGCGAGUUGUGGUGCCAGUGAUUUACUUUAAUCAUCCGUUGUUUGAAGAAUUGUUGGAGCAAGCGGAGCGGGUUCAUGGGUUUAAUCAACCGGGUCGGAUUACGAUACCGUGUCGGGUUUCGGAUUUUGAGAAAGUUCAGAUGAGGAUCGCCGCAUGGGAUCAUUGCCGUAGGAAAAGUUCGUACAAGAUUAUAUAAUUUGAAUUAAUGAAAUAGUCAAAAAUCAAACGAGGAUAAAAAAAAAUAGAGAUGGAUGUUUUUUUUUUGAAUUUGUGAAUACUAAUUUUUCAUCUAUGUUAUACGAUAAAUACCGA